AUGUUUGCCUCAAUCAUUCUGCUGUGGAUCUGCGUUUUCUUCAUCAUCCUUCAACUGAAAACACGUAGACCCAAGAACUUUCCACCAGGACCCCCUAUUCUGCCCAUAUUAGGAAACAUUUUGCACCUCAGCCUUGACAAUCCCCUGAAGGACUUUGAGAGGGUGAGUAAUGCUGAUUCCUUGAACUUUUUCUCUAUCGCUUUAUUUUUUAAGUUAUACUUUUUGACAUUGUUGCCUUUAUUAGAUGAAACGGCCAAAAAGAGACAGGAAAUUGGAGUGAAUAGACUACAGGAAGACAUGCAGCAAAGAGCUGUGGUCGGGACUCAAACCAGCAACCACUGGGACAAGGACUAUUGUUUGAACUGCUAGGCUGUCAGUGCCUCAUAAACAUUUACAUCUGUGGUCAUGGUGACGUUUUACCUGACAGCAAUCAUUUCCCAAUAAGCUUAACACCUUUGAUUUAAGACUACUAAUAAAACCAAUCAGCUGUAAAAUAGUACCACAUGUAUAAGCAGCAAUAGCCUUGUUGUGUGCAUUUAAGGACAAGGGUGACUCACAUUUAUGCUACCAUUGUUUUCAUAUGCUUGCAUAACAUGUCUGUACAGAGUUGACUGCAGUGAUCUUGGACUGAAUUCAGGUAGUGGUAUAGGCUAUCUAGUGUGGGCGUUUUCCAACAGGCAUCGAAUACAGUGGCAAACUCAAAGGUCUUGUUUAACAAAUAAUGGUGAGGUUUGUGGGAUGUCAAUCUACGAUGUAGGUGAAAGGAGUUUGUUUUGUGCUCAAUGAAUCAGCAGCUUCUUGUCAAAGACACUGUGUCCUGGAGGAUAAGACAGGGUGAGAAUAAGACCUGUCUGGAUGAAGCUAACAACACAAAGCCUGUGAAAAGAACAUUUUUUUCUGUUAGAAAAAAAAUGAUCCUGAGCAGGACAGAAAAGCACUCUCACAGUCUCAUAACCAUGAACUAAAGUACCCUUCAUGACCACACAACUCUGAUAUCAUCUAUCACAAACAAUGCUCUCUGUACACACUCACCUCUCCUAAGGUUGGGCUGACCCCAAACAAAAUAUGAACCCGUUUAUGCACUGAUGCCAACAAUUGUCUUGUCACUGUUAUUACCUCCGCCAAGGAGGUCAUGUUUUUGGUAGCGUUGGUUUGUUUGUUGGUUGGUUUGUUUGUCUGUGAGCACCUUUACCAAGAAACUAACAGACGGAUUGACCUGAAAUUUUCACCAGAGGUGCGUCUCAGCCCCAGGAGGACCCCAUUACAUUUUGGUGGUGAUCCGGAUCGUCUUCUGGAUCCAGGAAUUAUUUGAAAGGGCUCUUUAUCAUUGUGAGAGAGGGCAAAUUUUGGAAUUUUUGCAUUUAACUCUAUAAAAAUGACCAGAGUCUUUAGUAAAAAAUGACACAAAAUGAUCUCAAUGAGUUUUAUGAGGUGUCAAAGGUUGAUCCUGAUCCAGACAAAAUUCUGGAUACUGUGAUCCAGAACACACAAAAAUAAGGGUGUUGUUGGAAUUUUCAAUGCUGAAAGAUAACCAAUGGGCGGCACAGUGGUGUAGAUGGGCAGUACAGUGGUGUAGUGGUUAGCACUGUCGCCUCACAGCUAGAAGGUCCUGGGUUCCAGUCCGGGUCAGGGCAUUUCUUGUUUUAGGAACAUUAUGAACAGUGAACAUACCAGUUUAAACACAAAUAAAAGUUAAUAAAAGACACGUAACAGUAAAAGUUUUGGUGUGAAUAACAAUAUAAGGGGGGACAUUAGCUGCUUGGAGGAGGUCUGCGCUCUCCGAGUGCUUUUCUAGUUGAUAGUUUUUUUUUACCGAUCUUGUAUGUGCUAGUUUAAUUAUUCAGUUACAUUCUGUUUUCAUCCAUCUAUCAGUGUGUGUAUACGAUUUUUUUUUUAGUUUUGUUACUUUACCUAAGUUAUAUUUUUCUUACUAAAUCAGAUUUAUUGGCAAGUACUGUACAUCUUCCUGUUUUGGGAAUGAGAGAAGGAGGACAGUACCAAGAAAAGAAGGCAGAUAGACUGCCCUUUGAAGAAAUAUUUAUCUACGUUUUUAAGAACUGGUACUUCGAACACUGACAUGUUAUCUUUUCACCCUCAGCUGAGGAAGUCCUAUGGAAAUGUCUACAGUCUGUACUUGGGUCCCAAACCAGCUGUUGUCAUCAGUGGGAUGGAGGCCAUGAAGGCAGCUAUCGUGACCAAGGCCACUGAUUUUGCUGGACGACCCCAAGAUCUGUUGGUGAAUGAAACCACCAGGGGGAAAGGUAAAGCAACUCCAAGUGUUGGAGUCAAUGUCACCUUUUGCCGACAAGAUCAUUUGAUCUGAUAUGUUGCACUGAAUGAUCUGUAAGCUCAAACUUGUUGUGUAACUUCUCGUGCUGUAGGAGUGAUUCUGGCAGACUAUGGCCCCAGCUGGAAGGAGCAUCGUCGCUUUGCUCUGAUGACUCUGAGAAACUUUGGGAUGGGGAAAAAUUCGAUGGAAGACAGAAUUCACGGAGAGUUACAGUAUGUCAUUAAGGCACUGGAAAAGAGCAACGGUAUGUCGUAUAUGGGUCUAUGUCCCCUUCACAUGGUGCUCUCUGUGUGUGUGUUUGUAUUCAGUUUAAAGCUGAAUUGUGAUUUUUCAUACUGCCAAACUGAUAAAAAUGAACCUUCUACAGGGAAAACCUUCAGCCCUCAGCUCAUGUUUCAUAAUGCAGCCUCCAACAUCAUCUGCCAGGUUCUGUUUGGUACACGUUAUGAGUACGAUGACGAGUUCAUCAGAGUGAUAGUUGGCUGCUUCACUGAGAACGCUAAGAUAGCCAACGGACCGUGGGCUAUGGUGAGUUAAAGCAUAUUAUUCAUUCUGUAAGUCAGUAUUUGUGCAGUUGAAGGGCUGCUCUGCCACUGCUUAAAAUCUUCAUUACCUCCACCAAGGAGGUUAUUACCUCCGCCAAGGAGGUUAUGUUUUCGGUAGCGUUGGUUUGUUUGUUUGUCUGUUAGCAACUUUACAGAGAAACUAACAGACGGAUUGACCUGAAAUUUUCACCAGAGGUGGGUCUCAGCCCCAGGAGGAUCCCAUUACAUUUUGGUGGUGAUCCGGAUCACCUUCUGGAUCCAGGAAUUUUUUGAAGGAUUCUUUAUCAUUGUGAGAUAGGGCAAAUUUUGGAAUUUUUGCAUUUAACUCUAUAAAAAUGGCCAGAGUCUUCAGUAAAAAAUGACACAAAAGGAUCUCAAUGAGUUUUAUGAGGUGUCAAAGGUUGAUCCUGAUCCAGACAAAAUUCUGGAUACUGUUAUCCAGAACACACAAAAAUAAGGGUGUCAUUGGAAUUUUCAAUGCUGAAAGAUAACCAAUGAAGAUACAAGGAAGUGUACGCUUACAAAUAUUGCAUAAUAAACCAUGCAUUUAUGUAUCUAAUAUGAGCUUUGUUGUUUUAGGAACAUUAUGAACAGUGAACAUACCAGUUUAAACACACAUAAAAGUUAAUAAAAGACACGUAACUGUAAAAGUUUUGGUGUGAAUCACAAUAUAAGGGGGGACAUGAGCUGCUUGGCGGAGGUCUUUUCUAGUUCAUAUUGUGAGACUAUUACACAACUUUAACAAUUGUAACAACAUGCUUUACAAUAAUGCUUGGCUGUAUUCAAGGCUGACUAUCUAAUAACUUCAAAUUAACUCAAGUGUGGGUCCAGGUCAGUUAUUUGAUAAUUUUUUAUACUAUUAUAAGCUUCAGGGAGCUUAUUGUAUUUAGACAAAGCUGUACUUUCUGGGAAAUCUUCAAAGUAUCAUUGAGGAUCAGGAGAAUGUCAUUAGUCCUUGAAGGUUUAAGACGUGAAAAACUCCUAACCAAACUAUUAUAGUAACCUUAUGUUUGUAAGGUUAAGCAAAAGUUAUCCUGAUGUGGGUUAACCUCAUGAGAACAUGACUGGCCUUGAAUCCAUCUCAUGGUCAUCAGAUAUACCCCUCAAACCACAAAUCUUCACAUGGUAAAGAAUGUCAUUGCAGGGCUUAAGUAAGCCAGGAGAUAACUGAAUACCUGACCAAAGGUAACUGCUCCCGGGACUUUGAUCUCUCAAGGACACAUGAGAUCAUACUUUGAUCAGCCAAACUAUACUCUUAUUACAUAACUCACUUGACAAUUGCACUGCCAGCAUAAAAUUAAAUUCAAUUUAAAUUCAAAAUAAAACUCAAUCGUUUUAUAUCAAACCAGUUUAAACCAAAAAGGUAGCAGAAAGGGGGAGGGGGAGUCUAAAAGGUUGAUGGGUCACUGGGUCACAAGCAUAAACUGUAUAUAGAAUGGACGCCGUCUGCCUCCUCUCUGGGUGAAGCCACUCCGAGAACAGCACCCUCUGUUGAUGGGCUGCAGUACAGGUCAUAAAUCCCGCCUCCGCCAGCAAAGCUUAUGGAGCUGUGUACAAACUUUAGAAAUUUAUUACACAGAACAUAAAUUUUCUCCCCCCUGCUUGUGAUGUUGACAUGUAGUUAUUGUAAUACUGGUCUGUGCUCAAGUCCUCUUUUUUCUGUGAAGCUCCGUUUUUUUUUUUUUUUUUUUAACUUAGUUUUUAUUAUUUCUCUCUUUUUCUUUUUUUUUUACAGUACAGUACAAAAUAUACAUUUCAAAACAAUUAUGUUUCCUUUCCUCUUCCUCAGCUGUAAGUGUAUUUUUACAAACAUCCAUAGGCAAUAGAAGGUGGAAAUAUAUAACAAAAACCAAUCGUUAUAUCAAAUAAAUAGGUAAUGUCCACUCUAGAGAAUAGAAUUACUUGUACAAAUGUCAAUCAGGGGCAGGAUGACGGCAUUUUGAUAUACAACAGAAGGGUUUUACAUCAUAAAUAUUGUCAUUGCAGCAACAAAGGUAGUAUAGGUUCCCAUCUUUUAGUGAAGGUGGCUUUCUGGAGCCUGAGGGCAAAUGUGAUCUGCUCCAUUUGAUAAAUAUCCCACACGUUUUGAAUCCAUGUAUUGUAUGAUGGAGGUUCUGGUUUCAACCAUCUGAUGGUUAUAGACUUCAAGGCCACAGUGAGUAAUGUACUCAAGAGGUAUUUAUCCGCUCUCCUGUCCAGGCCUUUGGGUAUUACUCCCAGCAUUGCCACUGCAGGGUUUUGAGAAAUAUUCAUUUUAAAAACCUUCGUCAGUGCAUUAAAAACCUCCCUCCAAAACAUACUUAACUUAGGACACAUCCAAAAUAUGUGUGUGUGAUUUGCGAAGCUCCAUUUUUAAAAGUUAUUAGGGGGUUCAUGUUUGCUAUGAUUGACACCUGAUACAGCUUAUGGGCGUUCAGGGAUUGCGUAGCUCCCCCUGGGGAUACGCUGUUUGAGCCGAGCGUCAUCACAGCGACUCUCUGCGACUGCGCGGCCGAACGCGUGCAUCGCUACUGCUCAGCGCUGGUUUCAAGAAAUGAAGAAAAAUCCCGGAAAUACCGAGAGCUAUUUGGCUUCAAAUCCGUGUACAGGCGGGAGGCGGAACCAAGUUGUUUAACUUCAAACAGAAACUUUGAUAUUAAAGAAAGUUUGGAGAGCAAAAUCAUGACAAGAAGCACAGUCUGUAUAUUUGAAUUCUCAUCUACUUUUCUGUGGUUUUUUUUCCAGCUCUAUGACUCUCUUCCUAUGAUUCGUGGCCUGCCGCUGCCCUUCAAUAAAGCCUUUAAAAAUGUGGAGGUAUGUUUAGUUGCCUGUAAGAUCCAUUUGAAAAAUAAAAUAAAAAAGGACAUGAAAAACUGAGGAAAAUCAUAUACAGUGAAAACCAUUGCGUGUGAGAAAAUUUCAACUCUUGAAAAAUGUCUCUUUUGUGCUCAGACUUGUCAGAGACUUGCAGCUACUAUGUUAAGUGACCAUAAGAAGACGAGAAUCCCUGGAGAGCCACGAGACUUUGUUGACUGCUAUCUGGAUGAAAUUGAUAAGGUGUGUGUUUGCGUGUUUGCGUAGUGUGUUUUUGUGGGUCGUAGGUAGGUCAAGGUAGGAUAUAUGUUUUCCUUUUUAAUGCUGAUUUUAGUCGUGUCCUGACAUGACUAAGUAACAUAUUAGCCUGUUUUGGCUUGUGGUUUGUCAGAAGUACCAGACCAAGGAGGAUGUUCUAAAAGUUACUCUGCAGGGAUAACAUCUGAAAUCGCACGAUGACUAGAGAGGGACAAAUAAUGGUCUGGAAGUACAGACUUCUUAAACACAGAUAGAGAAACAAGAAAUAAAACCACUAAUGCUGAGCAGCUGACCCGAACCAAACUCUCAGAAAAAUCUGAAGUAACAUCUUUGAUGAAAGAACCAUAGCCAGCUAUCCACCUGGAAAACUAUCAGCUCACACCUGCUCACAUCUAAAGACAAAUGUUAAGAGUUUUUAGUUACAGCCUAGUCUCAGACUGUGACAAAGACUGUGAAUCUUGCAGGGUCGCUAUUGAUAAGACUACAUCUAGAUGCUUUUAGCAUUUUUUGAUAGUUAGUGUGGAGGGGGGGCUCAUUUAUCAGCUGUGUGUUCACAUAUGACAUCUUGGAACUCGUGAAUGCUAAAACUCAGCAUGCACACCUGCAGUGCAGCCAGUGUGACCCGAUCUAUCUCCAAGUAGUUCAUGUCCUUUAAUAGAAGUACAGCUCUCUCAUUCAGUCUUUACAUUAAGUAAAUAGUGAAUCUGAAGUAAGUCUGACUUGAUGUAUAAUUCUGUUGUAAAGAGAAAAAGUACAGUAUGUGCAUGCAUGUUCGUGUGUACACGCAUGUGUGUUCAGUUUUGACUGCUGUUUAUCUCAAUCUCAAUCUCAAUUAUUUUUAUUCGAUUAGCAUUUAAAAUCCACCCACAACAGAUACAUAGUAAAUUUCAAAAGCAUCAUAAAGCUAAUCGAAAAGGUGUAGGCUGAAGCUCAUGCUUAUUUUGCCUACCCUUUUUACAAAAAAAACAAAAACUUUAGCAAGGCGACUCUUUAACAACAUGGUCUGAGUUACACCACAAGUCUUCUAAAGAAAAGGGAAAAAGAGAGAAAGAAAAGAUAAAUUCUCAAAAACAUGUUAGAAAAUAAAUAAACCAACAAUAUUCCAUAACAAGUAUACAGACACAACCAAAAAUUUCAAUAUUUUGUUAUUGCUCUUCUUCAUACCGGAUUUAAAUAUUUUCUUAUUGCUUUAGUUUUAUACAUGUUCUUAAAUAAGGAAAGUGAACUACACAUUCUUAAUUCAUCAUCACAGCUAUUCCACAAGUUAACACCUCUAACAGAAACACACCUCUGCUUAAUAUUCGUUCUUGUCUUAGUUUUUUUGAAGAAACCUGUUCCCCUCAAAUCAUAUUGACUCUCUCUGGUUUCAAACAGCCUCUGAGUACUACGGCAAAGUAAAUUAUUAUGUGCUUUGUACAUUAUCUGAGCCAUUUUAAAUUCAACUAAAUCAUAAAAUUUAAGGGUAUUUGAAUUAAGAAACAGUGCAUUAGUUGAUUCAAGAAAGUGGGAUCGAUUUAUAAUUCUUAUAGCUCUUUUUUGUAACCUAAAAAUAGGAUCAGUAUUGGUUUUAUAUGUGCUACCCCAUAUCUCCACACAAUAGGUCAUAUAUGGAAGUAACAGAGAACAAUAUAGCGUGUAUAGUGAUUUCUUGUUGAGGAUAUCCUUUGUUUUAUAAAGUAUAGCAAUGGUUUUUGACAUUUUGGUUUUCACAUUAUUUAUAUGUGGCUUCCAACAAAGCUUAUCAUCAAUUAUCACACCAAGAAAUUUGUUUUCAUUCACUCUUUCUAUUUCGAUGCAAUUGACCCUGAUUUUAACUUGAGUUUUUAUUUUUCUGGUGCCAAAAAUGAUAAACUUUGUUUUAUUUAAAUUCAGAGAUAACUUAUUAAUGUCAAACCAAUAUUUCAGAAUAUUUAAUUCCUUUUCAACUGUAGUCAGAAGCUGUUCUAGGUUUUUACCAGAGCAAUAGAGAGUGGUGUCAUCAGCAAACAAAACACAUUUUAACAGUUUGGAAACAUAGCAGAUAUCAUUGAUAUAUAAUAUGAAUAAUUUCGGGCCUAACACAGACCCUUGAGGGACCCCACAAGUGACCCUCAAUUGAUUUGAUUUUACAUUAUUUAAUUGCACAUACUGAUAUCUGUCAUCCAGGUAACUUUCCAUCCACAUGUAUGCUAAUCCUCUAAUACCACAUCUCUCUAGUUUAUUCAUUAAUAUACUAUGAUCAAUAGUGUCAAAUGCCUUUUUUAAGUCUAUAUCAUGUCUUUAUCAUGCACUUCUGUGUAUUUUUGGCUAUGACCCAGGUGCAGUGGCAUAAAACUGAAACAGUUGUUUUUCUCUCUUUAGAGGGGCCAGGAUGGUUCUACAUUUUCAGAAGAACAGUUGAGGAUGUAUGCUUUAGAUCUUCAUUUUGCUGGGACUGACACGACUUCCAACACCCUGCUUACUGGUUUCCUCUACCUUUCAACACACCCACACAUACAAGGUGAGUCUGCCACUGUCACUGUGAUAUUUUUUCUGUAGUCUGUAAAGUAUUUAAACCACAUCAAAAAUUCUCCAUAGGUGCAUAAAAACAACUUUGCGAAAACCCUGCACCAACAAAAAAUGCAAAUAUGGAUCAAGCUCCCAUUUACAUUGUACAAAAACAGACAAAAUCAUUGUAGCAGCGUAAGCACCAUGUAUUUCUGUGCUAAAGACACAUUUUACUAGGCCUCGAUGUGUAUUUAGCAUGGCAAUUUAGAUCGUUAACUUAGGAUCCAACAUCCUGUGGUUUAGAUGUAACCCACUCAGGUUGAGGUCAACAACACACAGUUUUACGUGACAUUUAUGAAGAAUUAAUUUGUUUUAUUUUCACUUACUUUCCUCAUAAUUGACAUUAACCAGUUUGCCAUGUACCGGCCUCUCUAUUUAACACAGCCACGGGGGAGUGAAAAUAUGUUACGCUCUCUCUAAAUAAGAAUAUGCUGCAUGUGCACAAAUCUUCAAUUACAUCCUUCCUUGUUAAAUGAGCAGCAAUAAAUAAUAACAUAUGGUACAUUGAUCACUAAAGGUAGACUAGAUUGAGCCAGUUGGAUCUGCCCCCAUGCAGUCACAGCAGUUACUCCUUCUUUAUAGCGGCUUCUGCUGUUAUACCUCUCAGAGUUUUAUUAACAGUGUUUUAUUCGUCUCUCUUUUUUGUGUGUCUCAGAGCGCUGUCAGCAGGAGAUAGACUCAGUGUUGGAGGGGAAGGAUUGUGUCACUUUUGAAGACAGACACAGUAUGACAUAUAUGCAGGUGAACCAUCAUUUCAUUUUUAGUCUACAUGGUUACUCAAAUCUAAUAAAAGUAGGAAAUGUAGUGAUGUUUGAAAGGUAAUAACGGUGUUAAAGGUAAAAGUUGUAUUUGUUUUUGGUGUAUUGCAAAAGAGUUUCACAUUGCAACUUUAUUGUUCUGCUUUUUAGUGUCAGAGUUUCUGAAAACCUACAUUUUUAAUCUUCUGCCGACAAUUAGAUGAAAAGUGAAACCACAUUGUUUAUUAACUCUCUUCAUCCAGGCUGUGAUCCAUGAAAUACAGAGGGUAGCCAACACUGUUCCCCUGAGUGUCUUCCAUUGUACAACUGCAGACACGGAGCUCAUGGGAUACUCCAUUCCCAAGGUAAGAUACAGCUGGUUUUAAUUUAUGUUUGAGCUGGUUAUGAUUAAAGGUUAGAUAUCUUUAAGAAAUUUUCCCAUCAGUAUUACACUUCCAUGAUGGUAUCAAGUAUAUGUUUAGAACCUUGUUUAGAACAUGGCUUGAUUUCUUCCUGUGCUUAAAUUUCUCUUCAGGGUACAAUGAUCAUCCCAAACCUGACCUCAGUUCUAAAUGAGGAGGGACAGUGGAAAUUCCCUCAUGAAUUUAACCCUGAAAACUUCCUCAAUGACAAGGGAGAGUUUUUCAAACCUGAGGCCUUCAUGCCUUUCUCUGCAGGUAUGUCAGCAUGAUAAAUAAACCACACGAAAAGGCUUUCUAUGAACCAGAGUCUGGGGAUUUUGCAGGGAUUGAUCAAUCUGUUGUAGAUGACUAUGUGUUCUUUUAAUACCUCAGGUCCUCGCAUGUGUCUUGGUGAGAGUCUGGCACGUAUGGAGCUUUUCCUCAUCCUGGUGACACUGCUCAGGAAGUUCAAGUUCAGCUGGCCUGAGGAUGCAGGAAAGCCAGAUUAUACACCCGUCUAUGGAGUCACUCUGACUCCCCAACCAUACAGCAUGAAGGUGGAGCUUAGGGAAACACAGUAAGGUGGUCUCAGACACCUGCUCUCUGCCUUUUGGAACUUCACAAAAAGAAAAACAUUUCUUAUAUUUGCAGAGCCUUUUUGUAUAGCCUUGACGACACAUACUGUAAUUCUACUACCUUUUUAACCAGUCCAUUCGGGGGUUAUUGCCACCUACAUUAGAUGGUUAAAAACUGUGAAACAGUCUCAGAUGACAUAUUGCCAAAAGUACCAGUUUCUAAAAUGGCACAAUCCAUUUGUAGUUUGGUUAUUUGGAUUUAAAUAGACAUGCUUAAGCCCUACAUUUGCUGCUCAUAAUUUAGUAUACAUAUAUAUAUGUAAUGCACUAGAAUAAACGUAUUGCACUAGUAUGAUUGAUAUUAUUGCUCUGAAAUAAACAUUAUUUCUUAAGGUCCAAAAAACUUGGGCAUUGGACCAGGAAAUAUGUGUGACAUUCAAAAGAGAUGUGCUAAUGACAUACAUGUUCUUGAAUUUAAAAUAUUGUAUAUCUACAAAUGCACUUAUAAUUUUUGUGUGUAUUUAAUUAAUAUACAACAUAAUUUAAUAUGUCUUCCGACCUCCUCUUCAUAGAUUCAAUGUACAGUAACUCAUAUUUACUGACAUGUAUUGAUAUUUAAUUAAUUUAUGUAUGAUUUUAUAGGAAACAAUGUAUCUAUGUUUUAUAUUAUAAUGUGUAAAAUCUGCAUUAUUGUUAAAUCAAAGAUUUUUUCUGUAAGUUCAAAAUCUCAAUAAAAAUAGAUAUAAACUGAAAUAUUCACUUUUUUUCAGACAUCUAAGUGUGUCAUGUUUUCUUGACUGGCUUUACAGUACAUAAAAAAUCCCAAUAUGUUUAUAAGAAGAAAAACCUCAGGCUUCAAGUUCAAAUAAAGGGAGACUGAUAUCCAAAAAAAAACAACCUAACUCACAGAUAUUAUGUUUCUCCUUUUGCUUUUUGUAUCAAUUCUUUGUUAAUGCAUUUGUAACCAAAUAUAUGCUAAAUGUCUAAAAUGAAAAACAUUUUACACACAACAUCUCUUGCUAAAAUCUGCUAUUUAUAAUAACAAACUACCUAUGUGGGACCCAAUAUUAAUGUGAAGUACUUGUAUGAUUACUUUUGAGCAUGUUGAUGGGUACUGACAGCCCUUCUCUUAGGUGUUAUUUUUGCUAUUUUGUAUAUUGUUUUUGUCAGUUAUAAUGUGAUACAAAAUCAUGCUUCAAAGCAUCAGUGGUGGAUUAGUAGGUUGUGGUUGUGUGUGGUUAAAAUAGCUCACCCAGGCACUUUUUGGCAGCCAGGGUACACACAUGACAUCCAGUACACCUGGAUAUUCUGCAAUGUGCAGUGAUGCCAAUCUCAUGUGCUUUUAUUCUUCUAUUUCCAGGUGAGCAAAAGUGUUGAGGUAUUGUGCAUAUUUAAACACAAAUCUAUGCAAGUUAUGAGACGUUCCUUGAUUCAAAUAAGUCACUUUAUGUUGUAGUUUAUUGAUAAUUCUGUUUACUGUCGCCAUGCAACAAAGUUAAAUGAACAAUUUGCUCUUUUAAGGAGACUCACUAUAUGGUGAUGUCACGAUUUGGGCAAAUAUCAUUGAUCUCCCUGAAUUCUUGGGUGAGUUUAUGAUCAAGCCAUUCAGAGAACCCUGCAGACCCAUUUUGGCUGGAAAAGACAAGGUGUGCAUGAUACAUUAUUCAGCAUUUAUUAGGACAUGUCCUUGCCCUAGUAAGUUUUAGCAUAAAUCACCAAUCAUAUAUCAAACUAGUAUAGGCAAGAGGUUGAAGACUUAUUUUCUAAGACUAAUAUUUCCUGGAUGCGCUGGGACACAUCCUCAGUAAUGCUGUAUCCUGAGGCCAUUGGGUGUUUCGGAUCUCACAACAUCAGAUACCCUUGCCCAGGCGACCCAGCCAGGGUGAUUGAGUCCCAGCUCUUGUCCCAGUAGCAAUCCAAGGAUCUGCCCUUUUCAGCCAAAGCCACCUUGUGGCUUUCUCUGCAGCUUCACUUGUGGAUUAGAUGACCCUCUUCUUGGCCAUCCCUGUAACACCCAAACGGCCGAGCACUUCACAGAGACAGCAUCCUGCAGAGCCUCUACAGCCAAUCUCUAUGUGUUCACCAAAUGUCCUCCAGCGCCUGCACCUCUCCAACAGUUCCUGGUACUUGAGAUGUUUCCUUUCAUUGGCUUCUACAAUCUGCUCUUUCCAGGGCACUGUAAGUGCCAGUAUGAUCAGGUGUUUUAAAGCCUCAGAGAUAAUGAUCAAGUCUGGCUGGAGGGAUGUUGCAAUGUCCAUGCUCCCUGCAGCUGGAGUUCCACUGCCUUGUCCACUCACUCUUCCUCUAAGCCUGCUCUGACCUCUUCCUGGAGUAGAUGGUGUCGCUCUUUUCCUCAGGCCUGGCUAACUUUGCUCGUGGGGAAGUGGCCCAAGCCUGCUUUCCCUGUUGCCAAGACCCCCACCAGUGCCUUUUUCCUUACGCAUGACUCCGCCACUUCCACUGCCUUUGUUGCCUUCCACUUCUUUCCUGUCCUCACUUUAAUCCCAGUUGAUGACACCUUGCAGUCCCUGGAAACUCUGUACUGUAGGGCUUCUCUUGUGCAUGCCACCUUGCACAAGAGAGCUCAGUGAGCCCAGUGAAGGGCAACUGCAGGGUAUUACUUGUACAGGGUAGUGCUGUUGAGGCUGCGAGGAAAGCCCAGAUAUUUAUGAAGAAAGCUGCUGAUCUUCCUUUUGAAGGAUUCCACAGUUGUUACUGGAACUGCACACACAAGAAGAGGCCAUAAGACUUUGGGCAAGAUGGAGUACUGGUAGAUCCAGGCUUUAAAUCUGCCAGGCAGGCCGGACUUGUCCACCCUGGUGAACCACCCUCCUAGCUCUUCAGUAGACUUCUGGAUGGCAACAGAGUCUUUCAGGCUGGAGUCAAAGAGCUUCCCCAAGCUCUUGGCUGGAUGCUCAAUGAUGAUGAUAGGAUUGCCGUUCCUGAGAUUGAGAACCAGAAUUUGUCAACCACCUUCCCCCUCUUCAGUACCAUGGACCUCGACUUGGAGGGCUUGAAACUUAUCCUCGCCCAUGUGACGAGUCUCUCCAAUCCCUGCAAGAUCCACCCCCUCCCUGGGACUGAUGUAGUUGUGAUGGUAAGAUCACCCAUCACAUAUAGGCUCUUAUAGGGGGCUGUCGAACACCUGAUCUGGAUAGUGGCCUUCUGCAUUCCACCUUAGCAGCCUUCACCACUAUGUUCAUUGCUAGUGCAAAAAGGAUAACGGAGAUGGUACAACCUCUUAUUAUUCCUGUCUCGAGGAUGAUGCCAGCCUGACUUUACUGUCCCAGAAGUGACCCUAAGCCCGAAGUUAUCAUAAUAAUCCAGGAUCAAGUCCUUGAUCUUGCUGGGAACGUGGUGGAGGUGUAGCGCAAGCUCAACUAGUUUGUGUGGGAUGGACCCAUAGGCGUCAGUCAGGUCUAACCACAACACAGCAAGGUCACCUCUGUUUUCAUGGGCCUCGAUUCCUGGAGCUGGAAGCUCUGCACUGAAGUGUCGAUGUAGAAGUUCUUGAGGAGGAAAUCGGUCAGCCUUCCCUUCCACACUCAGUAGAGAGAUUGUCCACAACUGGUUGAUGUUUUUCGAGUCCUCCCUGGGAAAUUUCCAAAUUCCUUCUAUACACCUCCACUGGUCGGCCACUUUCCCCCUUUGUCAGAUCACCUUCAAGGUUUUCCAUAGGUGCCAGAGAAGCAAAAGAGCAUAGCAAAAAGAGCAUAAAGAUUAACUUCAGCUCAGAGAAAAAAAUCCUGCUGCAGAUCCAGAUCCAAAAGUCUGUUCCUUUUUAUCAGUUUUAGUAUCAAAGUAUACAGUACUUUAGGAAAUAUGCUAAACUGAACUUCAGUAUCCUUCAUAAAAUGUACUUAAGGUGUACUUUUUUUGGUAAGGGUUGUUAAAUGUUUCAACCCCCUGACGGCUCCUUUUACAAAGAAAUCUAAACAUAAUCAAAGUCAGGACAAAGUCAAAAAGGCCAAAAUGAACAACAAAUAAGACUUGAAACUUAAAGUAACUUAAAAGUAACUUAAAAUAAAAUGGGUGAAUUGAUUAAACAAACACAAGAAGGGUCAGCCACCAAAACCAGCCCACAAAGGGCCAUCGGGUUUGAGGCUGACCCUCUACCCUAAACCAACAGUUAAACAAACUAAGCCCUACAAAACCAAGAACAAAAGCUGUGAAAACAUAACUCACCAAUGCACCCAAAAUUAAAUUUAAGGUGACAACUAAAUACUAAGAACAAAGCUAAACAUAUUCUUUUAACUCAGUCGGAGUCUCUGGUAUCUGCCUGGUGAUGACUGAAUAGGAAGAACAAUUGAAAAACCUCCCCCUUAAAUACUGGGCACCAUCAGUCAUAAAAUACUCCACACCUGGGGAGACAAGAUAUGUUAGAUUUGAGAACAACAGAGGCAUGGUGUCAGCCACUAGAUGGUGCCAGAAAAGCCAUAAUGUUACUUCAACAGGUAAAUUAGUUGUAAGGGCCGAUGACCUUGCUGGAUUGAAGUCAGUCACCUUAGUCACAGUAAUUGUAAUCUCAAUUGUCACCUCAUCUGGCCUCAAAAGACAUAAACAGCUCUCAACACGCAGUGGGUGACUUUUAGAGAUAGUGAUAUCGCUUUUUACAUAAGUCUAAUCUCUUACAUUGCAGUGAAUGUUAAAAUUGUUUUCCUCUUACCUCAGGCCCACCACAGUGGCUGACAUCAUGUGCUUUUGGGGCCAGAGUCUGUGCAGUAGAGACUCACCAGCAGGUUUUUGGUGGAGGGACAGAGGUGCAGUAUUGAAGUUUUGUGAUGUCUAAUUGUUUUAUUUGAUGAUCACUUAAUUGUCAGCCGACGUAGGUAGACAGUAAACCAUAACACCCAGAGUGAAAUUGCUGGAGGUAGAUUAGGAAUCACUUGAGGGAUGCUGGAGUAUAUGAGGAACUAAGUCAAAGAGACACUGACUAAAGAAAGUAGACAUGCAGCAACCACAAACCAAACAAAAGCAAGAGUUUUGGCAGCAUUUCAGGACUGUUUCAGAGAAAGUGAUUAAUGCACCAGUAUAGGCCAUUUUAAGCCAGAGCUUGUCAAUACACAACUCUCUGAAGGGGUGUGAGUCUUACUGUUUGGUUUUCUCCUUAACCUUUAAUCCAAUAAAGCAAAGUACACCACAAAAGGAGGCAGGACUAAGAGCAGAGCUACGUAUUUAAAGCAAGCCUCUAAGUUUAAUUUUUUAGUUGAAUCGAGUACGUUUACAUCAUGUUUGCUUCAAUCAUUCUGGUCUGGAUCUGCAUUUUCUUUAUCGUCCUUCAACUAAGAUGUCGGAGACCCCAAAACUUUCCACCAGGACCUCCUGUCCUGCCCAUGCUAGGGAACGCUUGGAACCUCAGCUCAGAGAACCCAUUGAAGUACUUUGAGAGGGUGAGUAACAGGCUGAUAUUGUGACUCGGUCAAUAUUAUAAACUGAAUUGAAUUUUCCUCCAAUAAAGUUGACCACUAAAGUUCUCCUCAUCUUAUUUGAUACUGUGUGGAGUUUACUACCAGUAGAAAGGAUUUUACAAUCAUAUUAUACCUGGUCAGAGUGCUGCUUCCCUGACAGUUAUAAUUUCACAAGUAAUUUAACACUACUCCUUUUAAUCCAACUAGCUGUUAGCAUUCAGUAAUGACAUGAAAACUGUUAUAGAACUGUUAAGCAAAAGAGGUUCAACCUCAUCCCCACCGUUUUAAUGGAAUUGCCUAACAUGUCUGUACAGAGUUGACUGACAGCAAUCCUGGACUGUAUCCAAUUAGUGUUACAGGCUAUGUACUCUGGGUGUUUUCCCUUAUGCGUCUUGAUAAUCUAACAAUAGUGAGGUUUAUGAGAUGUCAAUCUACAAUGUAGGUGAAAGGAUUUGUUUUUGUUGUGCUCAGUGAAUCAGCAAUCUUUUGUCAAUGAAACUGUGUCCUGGAGGAUAGGUCAGGAUGAGGGUAAAACCUGUCUGGCUCAGUCAGUCAACACAAAGCCUAUGAAAAGAGGCUUUCCCUUUGGAAAACAAAAACAGCAAUCCCAGGCAGCGCAGAUGUGAAGGCACUUUUACAGGUUAACAGCCCUGAACAAAAGUACCCGUAAGACCACAUGCCACACAUUAUAAACAAACUCUCACAUUACCCAACUCCUACAGAAAACAUAGAGCUGCCACACCUUGAUCCUGUAUUUGCUGGUUUACUAAUUUUGUUACACUUUGUUUUCAUCCAUCCAUUGGUUUUCUUUCCUUUCCUAUUCUUUUAACCAAGUCAGAUUUUUUGGUAAGUGCAUGUGCUUUGGCCAUGCUACAAGCGUCAGUGACAGAAGUAAAUAAGGCCUGCACUGAACAAAGAAGACAGAUCGAUUGUUCUUUUAGGUAAAACUAUCCACCCCAAGUUUGGAAGAAAUACACUGAUAUGUUGUCUUUUCCUCUCCUAGCUGAAGAAGUCUUACGGGAAUGUCUUUAGUAUCUACUUGGGUCCCAAACCAGCUGUUGUCAUCAAUGAGAUGAAGGCCAUAAAGGCAGCUAUGGUGACCAAGGCCAGUGAUUUUGCAGGACGACCCCAAGACCUGCUCAUCAAUGACAGCAUCAAGAGGGAAGGUACAGCCACACCUGCUGUAGUGUUUGUUUUUGGUCUUUGACUGACAGAUGUGAGAGUGUGGUGAUUGCAGUAAUGCAGCACUAGACUGUUGUGAUAGAACAGAAGAUGAGCCUAAAGAAAAGGCAUUCAGUUUACCAGGUACACCAAGCUCCUACCUUCAUCUACAAGCUUUGGGUAGGGACAGAAAGAAAGGGGUCACAGAUACAGGUGGGUGUGAUGAGUUUACUCUGAAGGGUGGCUGGGCUCAGCCUCAAAGAUGGGGUCCAGGACUUGGACAUACAGGGUAGGGUUUGGAGUAAAGCCACUUAAGUGAAUACAAUAACUGAGUAGAGAGUGUACUUUGUAAGAAGAGAGCAAACUGAACUCUUAUAUUUUUCAUUAAAACAGCACAAUUAAUGACCUGUGAAGCUCAUACUGUACAUUUCUUAUGUCACUUCAAAUGCUGCAGGGGUGGUUAUGGCAGACUAUGGGCCCAAUUGGAAGGAGCAUCGUCGCUUUGCUCUGAUGACCCUGAGAAACUUUGGGAUGGGGAAAAAUUCCAUGGAAGACAGAAUUCAUGGAGAGUUACAAUACGUCAUUAAGGCACUGGAAAACAACAAUGGUAUGUCAUAAACAGGCCCAUCAAAUCACCAGUUAACCCUACAACCUGAUAAAAUAAUGAUCAGAAAUACCUCUGAGAGGCCAGUACUGUUUUAAUAUCCUCUAUCUCCUUACUUCUGUGUGUGAUUGUAUUGUUAGAUACAUACCAGAAUUAAUGUAAUCUGUGCCAUCCCAAACUAAAGACAUUUGACUUUUCACAGGGAAAACCUUCAGUCCUCAGUUCAUGUUUCAUAAUGCAGCCUCCAACAUCAUCUGCCAGGUUCUGUUUGGUACACGUUAUGAGUACGAUGACGAGUUGAUCAAAGUGAUUGUUCGCUGCUUCACUGAGAACGCUAAGAUAGCCAAUGGACCAUGGGCUUUAGUGAGUUAAAGCAUGCUUCGUAUUCAUUCUACAUGCAUAUGGCAUUUGAAGGUGUGUUUUAGCAUUUCUUUAAAUACGUGUAAUGUAAUCUCUCCUCCUACAACACAAAUGAACAACCCAACCACAUACAAUCAACAAGUUGUAUCUAAUGUUAUGGAUUGACUGUCCAUCCUUUUAAUUAUACAUGUUUGGGACCUCAGUUUGUUCAUCUGUAGGGUGGAGGGAAUAACUGUAUGUAAGCACAGCAGUAUGUGGAAAUCUUACCAGCUCCAUGUCUUUCAUACCAUCACGUCCUUAGUAGUUACUUUAAAUGCGUCUUUCUGCUUGAAUGAAAUUGCUUUGGCAAUAGACAAUCUUACAGAGAAGUUAAGUCUGGUGUUUGAAUUCUAAUCUGCUUGUCUCCUCUUUCAGCUCUAUGACUCUGUUCCUGUGAUUCGUCCACUGCCACUGCCCUUCACCAAGGCUUUUAAGAAUAUUGAGGUCUGUUUAGUUGUCCAUCAGAUCUAUUUGUAUAAUAAAAUGAAAAAAGCAUUAAAUUGAUAGUAAUUGAAUUAAAGGUAAAAGAUAAAAUGAGGAAAAAGCAUAUGCAGUGAAAGCCAUUUUAACUGUGAGUACAAAUUUUUGUUAUUCAGACUUGCCGGAAACUUCUGAAUGCAUUAAUAAAGGGGCACAAGGAGACCAGAGUCCCUGGAGAUCCUCGAGACUUUGUUGACUGUUAUCUGGAUGCACUGGAUAAGGUGUGUGAUAUAUGUGUAUGUUUUGAGUGCAUUUGUUUGUGUGUGUGUUUAGAAUGUGUGUGUGUGUUUAGCAUGUGUGUGUGUGUGUGUGUUUAGAAUAAAUGCUAUGUGUCUCUUUUACAUUUAUCUUAAGUAAUCCCCCCCCCCCCCCCAAGGCUAGGUAACAUGCCAUGCAUCAUGAUUUUCUGCCAGGUAGCAGUUUUUAAGUGUUUGUGCGCCUCAAUCUAAGCUCAGCAUUUAAAAGCUGUCCUCACUCCUUACACCACUGCUCACAAAGAGCUGAAAUCGACUAUUUUAGAUGGAGAUAGUUUUUCCAACUGAGGCUCAUUUAACCUUUUGCAGCAGACUGUCCAGAGUGUGUCACAGUGAAAAAAAUAUCAUACUGGACACCAUUAACACAUGUUGACCAGGAAAGUACUAUAUCUGCCUUUAGGUGCUGGUUUGGCGUACUUCCCAUGUAUAAAGGCCACAUAGUCCUUUUAUCAACACCAACUUCCAGUCUAGACCCUUUACUGUGUGUCUUCCCCUGAUCCCCACUCCCCACAUUUUUUGCCACCCCUAUGGCUUUUUCUUUUAUCAUAAAAGGCACAAAAGCUCCUGUUACUGCCUGGCUGAAGGCAGAUAACAAGAAGGGAGGCAACACACAACAAUAACCAUUAACGAAGAUAUUUUAUUUAACAAAAAUGAUCAUCAAUCUGUAUAAGGCGUCAGGAUUAAGAUCUGUAGUGUCAGCAAGUGUUGGAUGUGUGAGCAUGUGUGUGGUGGAUGUUGUAAGAUGGACAAACCCAAAAUGGUGGUGGCUGGUGUGGUAGAUGCAGGCCCUGCUGUGAGAGAGACCUACAGCAUUUCAGCCAGGCCUUUUAUGCAUAGACUGUAUAUACUAUGGACAAUUUGGUUCCGCCUACCGCCUGUCUACGGAUUUGAAGCCAAAAAGCUCUCGGUAUUUCCGGAAUUUUUCUUCAUUUCCUGAAACCAGAGCUGCGCAGUAGCAAUGCACGCAUUCUGCCUCGCAGUCUUCGAGAGUCACUGUGAUGACGCUCGGCUAAAACAGCGUAUCCCCCUGGGUGAGCUACGCAAUCCCUGAACGCCCAUAGGCUGUAUCAGGUGUCAAUCAUAGAAAACAUGAACCCCCUAAUAACUUUUAGGAACAGAGCUUCACAGAAAAAAAGAGGACUUGAGCACAAACCAGUCUUACAACAACUACAUGUCAACAUCACAAGCAGGGGGGAGAAAAAUGUAUGUUCUGUGUAAUAAAUUUCUAAAGUUUGUCCACAGCUCCAUAAGCUUUGCUGGUGGAGGUAGGAUUUAUGACCUAUACUGCAGCCCGUCAACAGAGGGUGCUGUUCUCGGAGUGGCUUCACCCAGCAAGGAGGCAGACUCUGUCCAUUUUAUAAACAGUCUAUGCCUUUAUGCUUUCUGGCCCUGCCCUGUUGGGCAGGUAACUCAGCCCCUCCCAGCUCCACCCUCCACCAUCUCCCUGAGGCUGCAACACAGAGCAGAAUCAGACACAUGCAAGGGGAGAAAGCAGAAAAGGAGUGGGAGGGGUUGUCACACUCCAAGAAUUAGUGAACAAUUACAAAAAAAAAAAAAAAAAAAAAAAAAAAAAAGCCAGUGGUGCUACUGUCUUGUUGUUUGACUUUUUUGUGUGUAUUUUCGUUAAUGACUAAAGUACAUGAAUAAAUGGAAUUGCCUCAAACAAUUGUUCUUCUUCAUUUUGGAAGGAGGAGGAUGGUUCUACAUUUUCAGAGGAUCAGUUGACUAUGUACACUUUAGAUCUUUACUUUGCUGGGACUGACACAACUUCCAACACGCUGCUUGCUGGUUUCCUCUACCUUUCAACACACCCACACAUACAAGGUGAGUCUGCCACUGUCGUUGUGGUUUCUUCUUUCGCUAAUUAAUUAUGUUUCGCUGGAAACCUGUUGAAACAGCUGAUUUAAGAAAAGGCCCAUAGUGGCAGAGAAAAACAAACUGUGGAAGAGCACUACAUCAACCAAGAAUAAACCUGACCUCUUUUCACAGCAAAUAUGAAUAAAACUCUCAGUCAAGUUAAAAAUCAAGUUAAAUAAAUGUCCCUGUAAUGAGAGACAAUCAAUAAAAGAGUGUGCUGCUCUAGUUAAUUCUGCCCUCUCAUGCAGCAUGCUGUUACACCAGCAGCUCCCCCUUGAUAGCAGCUUAUGAUGCCACCCCCCCUCAGUGUGUUAUUAACAGUGUUUUAUUUGUCUCUCUUCUGUGUGUCUCAGAGCGCUGUCAGCAGGAGAUUGACUCAGUGUUGGAGGGGAAGGAUUGUGCCACUUUUGAAGACAGGCAAAGUAUGCCGUACAUGCAGGUGAAGGAUCCUCUUUUUUAUCAAGAUAAAACAUAUGUAAGAAAAGGGAAUAAUAAUCAAACGUUUAGAAGUCAUGUUGCCAUUUUUUGGUGCAUUGCUGGUGGGUCUCAUGUUACAUCUUUACAAAGCUACUAUUUUGUGUAAGAGCUUCUUCAAGAAAAUAAUUUCUUUAACUUUGCCUACAGCCAGAAAAGGAGAGAAACAUGUUUUCUUACUGUCCUUUCAUCCAGGCUGUGAUCCAUGAAAUACAGAGGGUAGCCAACACUGUUCCUUUGAGUGUCUUCCACCAUACAACUAAAGACACAGAGCUCAUGGGAUAUUCCAUCCCCAAGGUAAGACAGCAGGAUUUAGUUCAUGUUGGUUCAGGGUUUUCUUAUUUGUCAGAUUCUGAGUAAAUGGUUAUCAUAUGCCCGGUACAAGGCAUCUUGUUGUGCAGCUCAAGCUGAAUAUUUAUUGUUCACCUGAUUUGCUCAAGUCUUAAGGCACACUUUGGUCUUAAAAUUAUGUGUGGUCAAGCACCAAACGUGUCAAAGGUGGCAAAUUGUAAUCAAAAACCUGGUCUCAAGCCUGAAGUCAGUCAGGCAGUACCUUCAAACCAUAGACUGUAUAUACUAUGGACAACUUGGUUCCGCCUACCGCCUGUAUACGGAUUUGAAGCCAAAAAGUUCUCGGUAUUUCCGGGAUUUUUCUUCAUUUCCUGAAACCAGCGCUGCACAGUAGCAAUGCACGCAUUCGGCCGCGCAGUCGCCAAGAGUCGCUGUGAUGACGCUCGGCUAAAACAGCGUAUCCCCUGGGAGAGCUACGCAAUCCCUGAAUGCCCAUAGGCUGUAUCAGGUGUCAAUCAUAGAAAACAUGAACCCCCUAAUAACUUUUAAAAACGGAGCUUCACAGAAAAAAGAGGACUUGAGCACAAACCAGUCUUACAAUAACUACAUGUCAACAUCACAAGCAGGGGGGAGAAAAAUGUAUGUUCUGUGUAAUAAAUUUCUAAAGUUUGUCCACAGUCCCAUAAGCUUUGCUGGCGGAGGCGGGAUUUAUGACCUAUACUGCAACCCACCAUCAGAGGGUGCUGUUCAAAGAGUGGCUUCACCCAGUGAGGAGGCAGACUCUGUCCAUUCUAUAUACAGUCUAUGCUUCAAACUGUUUAGAAGGCUCAGAAGAGAGACAGUAAGAGGGGCAAAAAAGUUCACAACAUACAUUAUUUGCUUUUUUACACACAGUGACAUGCAAAGCAGUAUUUCCAUUAAUGAUAAAAUAUCCAGACUCUGAUGAUAAAGUGAAGUUGAGGGCUAGCAGAUGUGGGUAUCCUCACAUUGUCAUACUGCUCUCUGUAUGGGGCUGAUCUGGGGAUUCCAGAAGACAGGGACACCAUUUCUGUAGUCUCGUCACACACCUGCCAAAAACCACUGUCUGCUGAGAUGCCAUCAAGCUCUCUGUCCUCUAUUACCUGCUCAAACACAUGCAAAAACACACACACAGCUAACCUUUAACACCGCUCUUGGGCGCUGACGAAAGUGCCCCAAGAUAUUAAUGCAGAUCUAACAACCUGUUAUGUAACACAACACAAUACAAAUCCAUGUAACAGCAAUAGAACUGAAUACUGAACAGCCUGUCCUUCUUUGAUGUAGAGUGCAUGGACAUUAAUCAUCAUGAUAUGCUCUGAUACUUUCAGCAUGUCCCAAAUAACUCAAAAGUUAAGCUGCUAUGUCCUAUGUGUAAACGUUCACACAUCUAUUGAUCUAGUAUGUUCCGUGUUGUUUCUGCUGUGAUCAGGAAUCGUCUCUCUGGAUGUGGCAUCAAUCUAUACAUCAACUCAAGCUUGUGUGUGUGUUUUCUACAGGUGAAAGGACCGCAUGGAGGAAGAGAAAUAAGAUUUGCUAGUUUGAGCCUGGUCUGUUGAAGUAGAAAAGCUCGAUUCUGCUGUGUCAUCAACAACACAACCUUAUUUACUUUGUAUCCAGCAAUUUAAGACCAUGCAUUUCACAUACUGUAGAAUCAAUUCGGCACCAAUUGCCUUUCAGUGCAGUUUAGAAACAAUCCCACUGAAUCAUCAUUAUCAGCACUAUAUUUCAGUGAGCUUCACUCCAGUAUCUUUAGUAAGCUAAAUCUGGACUUCUGAUAAAUAUUUCCCCCGCCUUUUCUUCUUCUGUCUAAAUUUUUUUCAGGGUACGCUGAUCAUCCCUAACCUGGCUUCAGUACUUUGUGAAGAGGGACAGUGGAAAUUCCCUCAUGAGUUUAACCCUGAAAACUUCCUCAAUGACAAGGGAGAGUUUUUCAAACCGGAGGCCUUUGUACCUUUCUCUGCAGGUAUGUCAGCAUGCUAAAUAAACCACAGUCAAAGGCUUUUUAUGACCCAGAAUGUGGGACUUUUACAGACAAGUUUGGAACAAUCAAACUGUUGUAGAUGACUGUGUGUUCUCCUCUUAAUACCUCAGGUCCUCGCAUGUGUCUUGGUGAGAGUCUGGCUCGUAUGGAGCUUUUCCUCAUCCUGGUGACACUGCUCAGGAAGUUCAAGUUCAGCUGGCCUGAGGAUGCAGGGAAGGCGGACUACACACCAGUCUUUGGGAUAACUCAGACUCCCCAACCAUACAGCAUGAAAGUUGAACUUCGGGCAACACAGUGA